GUCCUCCCCACUCUUGGCUGACCAAGACUGGCUUGGAAGGCUCUUCCCUCUCCCAGGAAAAUGGGGACUGAUGGUGAAAACCCAGUCCUGAGGAAUGUGGUCAUCAGCUUCAACUUGCUUCUGCUGGGCGCUGUCCUCAAGCCUUUUGAGUGCCGGCUGGAGAUGACAACAGAGCCAGCUGAGAGGACAGUGGUGGAUGAGGCAGGUGGCCUCACCAACUGCAGCCCACCUAUCAAAGAGCAGCCCAUGGUCUUCCACCACAUCUACAACAUCAACAUCCCACUGGACAGCUGCUGCUCAUCCAUGUUCAAGUCUUCGGCCGAGGAGGUGAGUUCAGAAGACGACCGGCUGGCAGAGUACACGGAGCAGACCUCCGACAGCGAGAGCCAGGUCACCUUCACCCACAGGAUAAACAUGCCCAAGCAGGCCUGCAAGUGCUCCACCUCCCUCCCAUCCCUGCAGGAGCUGCUGAGCAGGAUUGAGAUGCUGGAGAGGGAGGUCUCCAUCCUCCGGGACCAAUGCACCUCCAAUUGCUGCCAAGAAAAUGCAGCCACAGGGCAGCUGGAUUACAUCCCGCAGUGCAGCGGCCACGGGAAUUUCAGCCUGGAGUCGUGCAGCUGCGUGUGCAUGGAGGGCUGGGCAGGCAGCAACUGCUCCGAGCCCCGCUGCCCCCGGGGCUGCUCCAGCCGCGGCGUGUGCCUGGAGGGCCAGUGCAUCUGCGACAACGACUACGGGGGCGAGGACUGCUCGCAGCUCCGCUGCCCCGCCGGCUGCGGCUCCCGCGGGCUCUGCGUGGACGGCGAGUGCGUGUGCGAGGAGGGUUUCACCGGGGACGAUUGCUCCCAGCUGCGCUGCCCCCGCGACUGCUCGGGACGGGGACACUGCGUGAACGGCACCUGCGAGUGCCAGGAGGGCUUCGCCGGCGAGGACUGCGGGAGGCUGCACUGCCCCAAUGCCUGCAGCGGCCGGGGGAUCUGCCGGGAUGGGCUCUGCGUCUGCGAGGAAGGCUUUGACGGGCAGGACUGCUCAGCAGUGUCUCCUCCUGAAAACCUGCGGGUGACGGGGAUCAGCGACAGCUCCAUCGAGCUGGCUUGGGACAGCCCCGGGGCAGCCACCGAGUACGUGGUCUCGUACCAGCCCGCGGUGCCAGGGGGCACCCAGCUCCAGCAGAGGGUGCCUGGGGACUGGAGCAGCAUCACCAUCGCGGAUCUGGAGCCAGGUGUUGCCUACAAUGUCAGCAUCUAUGCAGUCAUCAGUGACGUCUUCAGCAUCCCCGUUACCUCCAAGGUGAUGACUAACCUUGCCACACCGCAGGGGCUGAAGUUCAAGACCAUCACAGAGACGACAGCAGAGGUGCAGUGGGAGCCCUUCUCCUUCCCCUUCGACGGCUGGGAGAUCAGCUUCAUUCCCAAGAAUAAUGAGGGUGGUGUGAUUGCCCAGCUCCCCAGCACCGUCACCACCUUCAACCAGACGGGGCUGAAGCCAGGGGAAGAGUACACUGUCACCGUUGUGGCCCUGAAGGAACAAGCCAGAAGCCCUCCCACCUCCGACAGCGUCUCAACCCUCAUCGAUGGCCCGACGCAGAUCCUGGUGCGGGAUGUCUCCGACACGGUGGCCUUCGUGGAGUGGACCCCGCCGCGUGCCAAGGUGGAUGCCAUCCUGCUGAAGUACGGGCUGGCGGACGGGGAGGGCGGCAGGACCACCUUCCGCCUGCAGCCCCCCCUCAGCCAGUACUCCCUGCAGGCCCUGCGCCCCGGCGCCCGCUACCACCUCGCCGUCAGCGCCCUCCGGGGUGCCAACGAGAGCCAGCCAGCCUUCGCACAGUUCACCACAGAGAUUGAUGCCCCCAAGAACCUGCGGGUGGGCUCGCGGACCCCUGCCAGCCUCGAGCUCGCUUGGGACAACAGCGAGGCCGAGGCACACAGCUACAGGGUGGUCUACAGCACCCUGGCCGGGGAGCACUACCACGAGGUCCUGGUGCCGCGCGACACCGGUCCCACCACCCGCGCCACCCUCGCAGAUCUGGUGCCAGGAACGGAGUAUGGCAUUGGGAUUUCAGCCGUGAUGGACAGCCAGCAGAGUGUGCCAGCGACCAUGAAUGCCAGGACUGAGCUUGACAGCCCCCGGGACCUCCUGGUGACAGCCUCUACUGAGACGUCCAUCUCACUGGCUUGGACCAAAGCCACGGGUCCCAUCGACCACUACCGUAUCACCUUCACCCCUGCCUCAGGAAUGGCCUCUGAAGUGACAGUGUCCCGGGACGAGUCACAGCUCACCCUCUCAGAGCUGGAGCCUGGGACAGAGUACACCAUCUCCAUCAUCGCUGAGAGGGGACGGCAACAGAGCCUGGAGGCCACCGUGGAUGCCUUCACAGGUGUUCGGCCCAUCUCACAGCUACACUUCUCCCAGCUGACAUCCUCCAGUGUGAAUGUCACAUGGAGUGACCCAUCCCCACCAGCAGACCGCCUCAUCCUCACCUACAGCCCCCGGGAUGAGGAGGAGGCUCAGCAGGUCACACUCGAUGGCACCCGCAGGCACACCAGCCUGACGGGCUUGCAGCCAUCCACCGAGUACCUGGUGUCACUGGUGGCCGUGCACGGCACCAUCAGCUCUGAGCCUGUCGUGGGCUCCAUCACAACAGGGAUUGAUGCACCAAAGGACCUCAGGGUGGGCAACGUCACCCAGGAGUCCAUGAUGGUCUACUGGAGCGCUCCCAUUGCUGCCUUUGACCACUAUAGGAUAUCCUACCGUGCUGCCGAAGGGAGGACAGACAGUAUGGCCAUCUCCAGGGACGCCACCCAGUACACCCUCCAAGACCUGCAGCCUGCCACCAAGUACGAGAUUGGAGUGAAGAGCGUGCGGGGCCGGGAGGAGAGUGAGCUGGCCUCCAUCACUGUGUACACAGCCAUGGAUGUCCCCCUGGGGGUCACAGCCACCAACAUCACUCCCACCGAGGCGCUGCUGCAGUGGAACCCGCCACUGUCAGAGGUGGAAAGCUAUGUCCUCAUCCUUACGCGUCUUUCAGGAGAAACAAUUCUUGUGGAUGGAGACAAGCAGGAGUACCAGCUGACCAACCUGCUGCCCACUACCACCUACACAGUCUCUAUGUAUGCCACCAGCGGGCCUCUCACCAGCCAGACCAUCAGCACCAACUUCACUACUCUUUUGGAUCCUCCAACAAAUCUGACAGCCAGUGAAGUCACACGACGGAGCGCCCUGCUGUCCUGGGUUCCUCCCGUGGGAGAGAUCGAGAAUUAUGUCAUGACCUACAGAUCCACCGAUGGCAGCCGGAAGGAGCUGAUUGUGGAUGCUGAGGACACGUGGAUCCGUCUGGAGGGGCUUUCUGAGACCACAGAGUACACGGUGCACCUGCAAGCUGCCCAAAACGCCAUGCGGAGCGGCCUCAUCUCAACCACCUUCACCACAGGAGGACGUGUCUUUGCUAACCCUCAGGACUGUGCCCAGCACCUGAUGAAUGGAGACACGCUGAGCGGGGUCUACACCAUCUCCAUCAACGGGGACCUCAGCCAGCGGGUGCCGGUGUACUGCGACAUGACCACCGACGGAGGUGGCUGGAUUGUCUUCCAGCGGCGGCAGAACGGGCUGACUGAUUUCUUCCGGAAAUGGGCAGAUUACCGGGUUGGCUUUGGAAACUUGGAGGAUGAGUUUUGGCUGGGCUUGGACAACAUCCACAAGAUCACGUCCCAAGGGCGCUACGAGCUGCGAAUAGACAUGAGGGAUGGUCAGGAAACAGCAUAUGCCUACUAUGACAAGUUCUCCAUUGGUGACUCCCGGAGCCUCUACAAACUGCGCAUUGGGGACUACAAUGGCACUUCAGGAGACUCCCUCUCCUAUCACCAGGGACGCCCCUUCUCCACCAAGGACAGGGACAAUGAUGUUGCUGUGACCAACUGUGCCAUGUCCUACAAAGGAGCCUGGUGGUACAAGAACUGCCACCGCACCAACCUCAACGGCAAGUACGGAGAGUCCCGGCACAGUCAGGGUAUUAACUGGUACCACUGGAAAGGCCAUGAGUUCUCCAUCCCCUUUGUGGAAAUGAAGAUGCGACCUUACAACCACCGUAACAUCUCUGGGAGGAAGCGACGGUCCCUACAGCUCUGAGCCAGCUGAACCCCUCCUGCCUCCCACCACCUGACCUUUUCUGUCAUUUGUUUGUAUUUUAUAAUAUGCAAAGGGGAAAAAAAAUUACUACUCGUCUGAGAUAGCAACCUGCCCCCCACAAGUGCUGGAGGGAACCAUGGCACAAGGAAAGGCCAUGGGAAAAGAAAGACCUCAUUGCUUUGCAUCUGUCCCAGAGAAAUACCAAAUUUCCAGUCUCCCUGUCCCAAUACUCUGGCCCUUAACAUGAGAAGAAAAGGAAAGAGACAGAUUUUUUGAUAUUUUUUUAAAAGACAUAGAAAUCCCCAGCAAACCCUGUUAGAAAUUUUUGUCACGGGGCUUGUGGCAGAAAUCUUCCCCACAGGUACCUUGGUGUGGCCAUUUC